AUAACAGUUAACCCCCAACUAGAAGUUUCUCGGUAGUCUUCAGACGGACCUUGCUGCUUCGAGAAACCCAUCCCCACAGAACGUAUACGUCAUCAAACGGACCCAUUAAAGCGUCUGUAGGCGCUGUAAUGGCACAAUAUUCAGGACCGAAUCAAUAUCAGAGUAUGAAAACACCGUCUCCUGUCGAAACGAUGACAACGAACGAUCCUCUACCACCCGGGUGGGAGAUCAAAAUCGACCCGCAGACAGGGUGGCCGUUUUUUGUGGAUCACAACAAUCGCACAACGACGUGGAACGAUCCAAGGCAUGACACGAAAAAGAUUUUCUCAAAUGGCCCUUGUAUGACCUCAGAGUCUCCUCAGGACAUGCACAAAACCUUUAGUCAAAAGAUGAGGCAGCCAACACUACGCCAGGGCUACAUCUCCAUCCCAGUCUCUCAUGAAAACAUUGAACCCAGGUUGCAGCAGUAUCCAAGUUACUCCUACAUCAAUCCUGUAGUGCAGCAAAACGUAAGAGCAGAUGGUCGUACUCCUUCCCCAACUCCAGCAUCACACUGUCGGCCUAGAUCUCCAGUGCAGGCCCCAUCAGAGACAUGUUUGUCUUGCUCACCUGCCUCACAUGGACCUGAGGUUCAUCAACCACAGGUGACACACCAACAAAUCAGUGGCCUUCAUCAACAGCCCCGAACCAGCAAUUCAGGCCUGCGAUCAGGCUACAUUGCCAUUCCGGUGAUCCAUGAAGGUGUCUCACAAUCCCAGACUAACCAAAGUUCUUAUCCCACGCGAGAAAAAGUCCCAAUCUACCGUGAGCAAGUGCCAAUUCAUAUACAGCAGAACCGCACAGCCAGUCCUAGCCCCGUCCCCAUAAGGGCUCAGUCACCGGUCAGGUCUCAGAUCAUGGAAGAGAGACCCCAUAUACAGCAACACAUUGGGCACGCAGCGGUACCACCUAAAGCUGAAGUUGAAGAAACUGUCAGAGGACAUUCAUUUGACUUCCCUAUUCAUAGAGAGAGCGAAGUAUUGCAGCCCACACAUCACCCGGUACCAGAACAACAACAACAACCUACACAAAUACCUCAACCGAGAGCACAACAACCAGUACAGCAACGACCACAGGUAUCAGAGACAUCAAACAUUACCAUACAAAUUCCCUCAACACCAGAACCCCAAGAAACAUCUGCCCCUCCGACACCUCAAGAGGUUCAGCCUCCACCAACACAGCCCGAGGAGACUCUUGAACAAGAUUUGAAUCACCCAGGCCUGAUCAAAGUGCAGCAGAUAUUGGAACGUGUGGAGAAACUAGCACAUGAGGUUAAAUAUUUUGAUGGGAAGAAGAAUGAUAAGCGUUACUUGUUGUUGGAGGAGAUGUUGACCAAAGAACUGCUGGCUCUGGACUCUGUAGACCCGGAAGGUCGCAUAGAUGUGCGCCAGGCUCGGAGGGACGGCGUCCGCAGAGUACAGACCAUUCUUGACGAACUGGAGAUGUUUGGUGAUCAGUCAGAAGGAUCGGCUGGUGACAUCUGGCCUGAGGCUAAUAACUCAACCUAUAAAGGAGAGCCAAGUAUGAUCGGCCAGGCAAACACAGAGAAUGUUAAGGAGAUAUCAUAAUUGCACAAAUCUGAGAAGGACACUAAUUAAAUCCCAUUUGUUGUUUUUCCUUGGGCAAUUAUUAUUAUUAUUAUUAUUAUUAGUUGCAUGCGCAAACAAUUGAAGUUUUCUGUUGCCAAUUAUCUAACAUGUGAUUUGUUUACGGAGUGCAAUCAUGUUUGCUGUUCUGUGAUGCUGCUGUUAUUGCAUUCGCCAUGCCAGUGUCUUGUAGCACAGACACAGUGGUAACACAUUUUAUUAGAAAACAUAUUUGAGGCCUUGAAACAUACUAAAAUAUUUUAAUCUUCAAAAAUAUUUUGUACCAUGCAGAAUGAAUGAUAAAAGACUUUUGAAUAUUCCCUAAGAUCAUAUGUUGUUUCUGUAGUAGUGAGCUACACAAGAUAAAAUUAUUAAUACAAUUAUUUUUAAUGUGUGAGUUAAGGUCAAGUGUAAGAGGUCUCAUUUUGUUUUUAGACUAACAGAAGGCCAUUAUGUUUAAUAUAAAAUGAAUGCCUUGUUUAGAUUGCCUUUGAUGGUCUGUCAGUAUUGAUGAAUGAUAAUGAUACAAAUAAUAAUAUAUUUUUAUUCUAUUUUUCUGUGCCAAAAUCCACAUAUUAAGAAAGUUCUCUAUAAAAAUAAAGUAUUUUAAAGAAAAUAAAUAACACUUAUCUUAAGUAUAAAAGUGUGUGGAGGGAGUUCAAGUGUUAGACAGGUACCGAAAUAACACUACUGUUCUAUUUCUGUUGUGCCCUUGACCAAGGCAACUUAACUCGUACUUGCUCCAGAGGGGCUAACAAUUUGUGUACUAAAAAAAAGUUACUUUGCACAAUUCAGUUUAAAGUAUUCAAGACAGAGUGCUGUGUGUCUCACAUGACUGUUGUGAGGCUUUUUGCGACAACCUGUUACCGGUUUUGAUGAAGUGAUAAUACAGCAAAACCAGUUGCGGAGAAUGUUUUGUGAAAUAGUAUGCAAUGUUCAGUGUUCACAGCUUGGUUAUUUGCAGUUUGUUUAAAUGUAGGCAUAUGGUCACAUAACCAUUACUGCAAACAAACUAAAAUAAAUCUCUUUGCAGACAUUAA